AAAAAAGUUGGAAACCCAUUCUCUUAUCCUUCUCCUCUCCGAGCAGAUCUGAGACCCUCUUCUCACCGCCGACAUCCAUUCUUGCUGUCACCGGAAAUGCAGUUACCGACUCCAACUCCAAAGGCAGCGAAUCUCUUCCUUUGAUCUCGCAUCGUCUCUCUACUCUUUGACCAUCCCGUACAAAAAAUCGGAGCGUUUUUUUUAUUAUGAUCGGAGCCCUAUGCCUACGGCGACGAGGUUCUUACCUCGAGCAGCUACUCCCGUCCUAGCCCCGAUCUGGUCCCGCUUACGGAUUUCAGGCCGGCGGGGGCAUGCCUGCCGGUGAUUCUGAGUACGGAUCCAGAUAUGGUGGGAGGACUGAGAUCGGUGGCGGAGGCGGAUAUGGCAGGAGGAUUGAGAUCGAGUACGGAUUUGGCAGCGAUGGCGGCGGGAGGACAGAGACUGAUGGAUGCGCCACAAUGAUGAUUACGAUCACGAUGACAAGGAGGAGAUGAUCCUUCAGAAAAUCACAAGAAUACUGAUUAGCAGAGACAUUUAUGACAUUGCAGCCCUUUGCUCUGCCAAUGAGAGAUCGUUCUUCAAAGCUUGUGGGUUUGGAGAUGACAUUUUGGGAUCUACCACAAUGAUGUACACAAGGACUGCUCCAACCUGUGAUAAUGCUGGUGGAGAUUAUCAGAAUCACAUGGCGAAACGUGUAGGUAGAAAACUCUUGCUAAUUCCACCUCCCAGAGAGUUACCUUCUCUUAAGGUAACUGUUGGAGAAUCUGCAGAGGACUGAGCUUGUAUAGUUCAACUCCACAGCCAUUUGGAUAGAAUAUAGACUACAGCAGAGAUCCCAGUCCCAGGUAGAAAAGUAAAGGCAAAAGUUCAGUUCUUUUGAUGAGCAUCUCUAUGUGCAUUCGUCCACUCUGAUUCCUGCAAUGGGUGGUAAGAUAUGGGUAGAAGUAAGUCUCAUCUCUGCUCGAGGCGUUAGGCGUUCUUAUUCCCUCUGGAAGAGGCAGUUGUUUCCUGCUGUUUGGAUUGUUCCCGAUAACAAGUGCUGCACGCCUGCACCAACAUCGCAAAAGAUGGCUCUGGAAAUGCAAACCCCACAUGGAAGACCAAGUUUGCUGCUUUGCUGGAUGAUACGAUUUCCAGGACAUGGCGCUAACUGUUGAAGUCUAUAGUCAAGAGCCCAUUUUCCUCAGGGAAAGCCUUUGAAGGGACCGCGACCAUCCUCUUUGAAGAGUCUCUGGCAAAGUACAGCAACAAGAAGGCCUCCUCCUCAUCUGGGUCUGAAGAAGUCGGGAGCUACCAGCUG